UGAGAGAGCAGGAGCAAGUCUGCUUGUGAGUGGGAUUGAUCAGGGCCACAUUAUCGACUCAGACUAGACCCCUGGCUCCUGGAGUCAUGUGAUUACCUCAGACUGUUGUUGUUGGGUUUUUUUUGUUUUUUUUCAUCUCAAAGGGCUGUUAACCACAAAACCUGCUGUUGGGGAGCCCCCCCCCCAAGACCACUCCAGUAAAGGACUCUGCAUGUGGCAGGAGGGGACGAGUGAACCAUCUCCUUGCCCUCUUCAGUCCCCUGCAUCAUGGGAAGAAAGUGGUGCACAGACCCUGGAGUGGGAAUUAUGGACUUUUGUGAACCCUGCAACCAAGGGGAGAUGCUGGGAAGAGGACUGUGGCCCAGGAAGGGCGAAGGGCUUGUGUUGUUUUGUUUGGAUUCUCACUCCUCCCAGAAGAGGGAGGACACUUGUUGCCGUGGUGACUGUGGAGAGCUACACGGAAUUUAUUACCCAACUGCUGAGGGGAAACUGAGGCAUGGCCCGAGUUCAACUGAGGAACAGGCUCACCGGCUGCCAGGCCAGAUUCUAGGUCAGCUGGGAGAGGAGCCAAAGCCAGGGACACUGCACUGGCUGGCGCUGACUCUGCCAUGGCCGUGUAGAGCCAUUUCUUGCAGCUGGCUCCAAGCUGAUCAGAGUCCAGCACCCACCGCUGCCUCCCUGAGAAGAGAGAUGGGGAACUGGGCGGAAGCAGAUCCCCCUGGACAGCCUCUUAACAACACCAUAGACUUGGAGAGUGGAGGAGAACCAGGUCAUCCAGCUAAUUCCAGCUCCAGGAAACCUGCAGUAUGGGAUCGUCCAGCUGCCCUCAGAGCCAUAAUCGUGGUUACGACGGUCGUCAUCGUCGCUCUAUUAGCAGCUUUGAUAGUGGUAACAUCUAAGCAGCCUCCUCCAUGCCCCCCUGCUGCCUCCUGGUGCCCGGACGGCUGGAUCCGGAUCCAAAGGAAAUGUUACUAUUUUUCUAAGGCUGAGGAGAACUGGACCUACAGCCAGAACUUCUGCUUGUCACACGCUGCCUCCCUGGCCGGGAUUGACAGUCCGCAGGAGCUGGGUUCCCUGCUGCCAUACGAAGGCAAACUGGACCACUGGAUCGGCCUCCGGAAGGACACGGGCCAGGUCUGGAAAUGGACCGACGGGACCGAGUUUGACCAUUGGUUUGAAAUACGUGGAGGAGCAGAUUGUGCACAGCUGGAUGAAGAUUUCACUGUUGUCACAUCAAGCUGCAGCACACCAAGAAAAUGGAUCUGCAGUAAAUCUGAUACCCCUGGGAAGGGAGAGGAGGGAGCUGUGGGAGGGGAUUCGUGAACUCAAGGGAAUUGGUGACCAGCUGUGACAAAGCCUUGUUCUGGUCCCCUCCAUGCUGCAGCCUGAUUCCUUGUUUCUUAGUCUGUCUCCAGGAUUUUAUCCAGUCCUAGUCAUCAAUUACCCUAAUGCUGCCGUUUGUGACCCUUCUCUCAGGGAGACUGGUGCAGUUUCAGGGUAACUGGAUCUCUAUCCCACCUCCACCAGGUCUCGAGUCUCCAGCCCAAACCCCAGUGCCCUUUACCUUGGGGUUCUGCCCCCAGCAGUAUCCCCACACUCUGAUCUCCCUUCCCAGGGGAACCCCCAACCCUUUGACCCACCUUGCCUCCAUGGCUACUGCCAGUCAUCAUCUAGCCCCCCCGUCACUGGGGCAGACGCAGUCUGUAAUGGCCAAUCAUUGGCAAGGGGGUAGGUCCAGCUGCCUCUGCCUAUUCCCAGGCUGCACCUCUGCGGCCCCAGUACCUCUCUUCAGCCUUUAACAGGGCCUCAAGCUGGCGCUCCCCAGCUCCUGUCGCCUCUGCUCUGCUCACUCCAGUACUAGAGUGAGACUGACUUAGCUCCUGGCUCACAGUCCUUGUAUAGGGCAAGCUGUGGCCUGAUGGGGCCUGGCCCCAGCUGUGGCUGCUUCCCCAGUCAGCGUAGCUUUUUCCACCGGAGCGGGAUAACAGCCCUGCUACAGGCAGUGGUUCCCAAACGUUAACAACCCGUGAACCCUUUUCAUGAAAAUUAUCAAAUCACGCGAACCCCCUCUAAAAAUAAAUAUUUCCAGGGAUUUUCUCCCUUACCUGAGCACAAAUUACACUGGUCUACAAUUUUUGAGAAGUCGUCUGCUUCAGAGAUAAAAUGUGCUAUUUAUUA